AUGACUUUGAUCUGCGUCCUCAUCUGGACUCUCCUCUGCUGCUGCUUCACAGAGUCCAGAGGACAGAUCACAGUGACUCAGCCUGGAGCAGUGAGCUCUGCUGUGGGAGGAUCUGUGAACAUCAAGUGUAGGACCAGUCAGGAUGUUUAUGUUUCUGGCAGCUCUCAUCUUUUAUUUUGGUACCAACAGAAAGAUGGAGGAGUUCCUAAACUGCUCAUUUACUGGUCUAGCACUCAACAAUCAGGGAUUCCAGCUCGUUUUAUGGGCAGUGGAUCAAACUCUGACUUCACUCUGACCAUCAGUGGAGUCCAGGCUGAAGAUGCAGCAGUUUAUUACUGUCAGAGUCGGCACUAUCCUAACAGUCAGUGGUCGGCGCCUGGAUACAUCUUGCCAACUCUCCCCAUAAUCACACUGCUGCUGGGAAAGCUCACUCACGCAAACCGCCAUCCAUACCUGCCUGCCUCCCUGCGCACCCACAUCGCAGUUUUUGUCUCUGUAUCCUCAGAGUCCAGAGGACAGAUCACAGUGACUCAGCCUGGAGCAGUGAGCUCUGCUGUGGGACACACAGUCACCAUCAAGUGUAGGACCAGUCAGAAUGUUCAUGUUUAUAACAACAACCACUAUUUAGCCUGGUACCAACAGAAAGAUGGAGGAGUUCCUAAACUGCUCAUUUACUAUGCUAGCACUCGAUAUUCAGGGAUUCCAGCUCGUUUUACAGGCAGUGGAUCAAACUCUGACUUCACUCUGACCAUCAGUGGAGUCCAGGCUGAAGAUGCAGCAGUUUAUUACUGUCAGAGUCUUCACUAUCCUAACAGUCAGUGGGUGUUCACACAGUGA